AAAGAACAAAGAAAUAACACCUUUCUGCAACAAAGGGAAAAAAAUAUUCCUGCACAAAUUUCAACAGAUAUUGAUUAUUACGAUCUGGGACGUCUGGUGUCUUCUCUGGACCUAUGCCUAGAAAUAAGUCUGGAGCGCUUAGCAAAGAGUUUUAUUAUUAAACAGCUGAAUUCAAAGCUGCGUCCAUCGGCAAUAACAGGCAGUAGCGAUGAGGCAGAAUCGGUUACCUGGGAGGCGAUGUGUGGAAAACAACAGUCACUCAAAAAAUGUGCCGACUUGUACGACCGCACUCUCGCUAUACCCAAAAAGGAACCUUGUUUAUUGAAAGUCAUACCAUUUGAUGCAUUUGAAAAUAAUUUUCGUAUUAAAACCAUCUAUAUUGAUUAUAAAGUUCUUGAUUAUUGUUAUGGUCGUUUUUUUCUUUGGGAUGAUGAGAGUGACAAGUUAUGGCCACUUGGUAAUUCUCCUGAAGAAGCGGCGAAACUAACAGUUAAAGGGAAAGAUCAGUUGGAAUUGUGUAUGAGUAUUUUAGGAAAUGGAAGGUGUUUAUUAAUUGUGUCCAUUAAUUAUUAA